AUGACCAGGCUCCGAGGGGCUUCUAUUGACGACCCUGACAUCGCGCGGUCUGCCGGCGGUCAUGGACGAGCUCAAAUCUAUCAGUCAAAACUACCACCAAAUGCGCCCGAGCCUAUUGUACAGAACACCAUUGAAGUAUCGGACUCGUCGAGGGUACUACAAAGGUAUCGCGAUGAGCGAAGACGGGGAUUUAAUGGGUUGGUGAGAAGAUAUAAAGCCCAACUAUUACAUGGUUGUGAGGACCCCGGAUGUCAGACCCCUACCUGCGCCAGUCGUCGCCGAAGAAUCAGCGAAGGACCGUAUCGCCGCUACACCGAACUGAGUGCGCGAACCCUGGCCUGCUACCUCGCUAGUCUUGAUGAUGCAGAGAGUGGUCUAUGUCGGAACACACCUAAACUUCCGCCGGAAUUAAAAGCCGAAGACUACCACCGUAUUUCCUUACGCCGAACACGUACACUCGAAGCACAGAAAGCAGCGGCUCGCAAAUCCCCCAAACCGGAAAAGAAGGUCGACGAGGAGGAGUUACCUGGCAGUGCUGUUGUUUCCCACGAGGCAAACGUUGCGAAUGAAGCAGAUACAUCUCAGGUCCGGGGCACCAGCUACAUUCGUGACCUCGACCAUACGGCGGAACAACAACUAAAAGACCCAAAGUCAUUCACUCAAAACCUCUUCGAUACGAUAUCAUUGCGCAUGGUUGAAUGGCUUCCCCUUCGUCGAGCACCAGAUUCCAUUGAAGCCAAGCCUAUUCCAACCUCACAAACCACGAAUAUAUCAUCUGGCAAGAAUCACGGCCACGAGAAAGUCUCAGGCGGGCUUCGAAAAGCCCAGGGGCGAUCCGUCGCUACAAAGCAAACUCAACCUCGUACUCCGUCAUCACGAAAAUCACAACCUGCAGUGGAGCUCAAGUUUCCAAAUCAACGUGUCAAACGACGACCUGUCCCUGAAGUUGACCAUUGGCGUCAAAGUCCACGAUCAAGCCUUGAAGACAAACGGAAACCGGAAUUCAAUCUCAAACUACCAGCACUACCUGCAAGUGAAUUUCCCAGCCUGCCCUCUCCACCAGCAUUAAAACACAGGCCCCAAAAGCAUCGGGGAAGGAUCGAAGAAUUAGGACCCAUUCCUAAGGAACGUCGCAAAACUCAACGACGUGUCUCUUGGGAUAGUGAGAAGAUUUUGCAUCACGUCUCUGAGAAGGCCACAGUGAACACUGAGCUUCUCCCUCUGUUGCCAGCCGAUGCUCAGUCACCUAGUGAGCGUAAAGCAAAACACGGCCAUGUUGAUCACUUACCAGAUCAGGCGCCAUUGGCUCAAACAGUGACCCAUUUCACCCCAGAAAUCAUAGAUGGCCUGUCACAAGUCAUGAUCGGAUCUGAAGAGGAUGCUGAGUGUUGGAAAGAGGAACUUGAUCGCAUGCAAUCAGCGGGAAGCUUUGAGCCACCUGACUGGCGAUUUGCGACCCUCAAGCAACGUGAAGCUUUUCCUUUCGUUGCUCAAAGUACAUUUUUCGUGCUAAGUAGCCCUCGUCAAAUCCUGUGCUCCUUUGGCAAAGAACAAACAGACGUUCUCGUGGCAAAUCGUCUUGAUAUGGCGUGCUUGCACACAUCGCUGCAGCGCCUGUUUUCUCUCUGCCCAUGGGAUAUUGCAUUGCAUAGCCUAUGGAGUAGCUUGGAUAGGCUAUUUGUGCCACCAGAUGGAUUCACUUCUGGCCGGCCAUCGCGCCGUUCAUCUCGGAGUUCGACAAUGACUGGACCGGCGCCUCCAGUUGUUCCACGGCGGUUGUCUGAAUCUGCCGAAGAGCAUUUAUCUGACUCUGAUGCAGCCUAUAUUGCUACUAUUGUGUUAUUCGCCUUGGUCAGCUCAGUUCCAAAGAUCGACCUGGGAGCUUGGCGCGCAGUUGUUCAGAUGCGUUCCUCUGGCUUUGUUGCCUCCUUAUCGGACAUGCGCAAGCUGCCUGUUGAGUCUGCCCAGCAAGCGGUUGAGGUGACAGACAGAUUCGAACAUGAGCUAGGUCUUCGCUUGAUCAAUCGUCUUGUGCGUGCUCUCACUGCGCGCAUAGCCUACCAUGAAAUUUCCAAAGCGCGACAAGUGUAUAGCUUGGACUUUCCCAAACAGCGGAAGGUUAGCGUUCUGGAUCGCGUGGUGGACUAUCUCAGUGAACACCACAGCUCUCGGGAUGUUGAAACAGGAUCAAUAAACCCCUCGUCCCUCAUUGUUGAAUGGCUUCGGACGCUCUUUUUACGCGAGUGGGAUGGCAACCCAGAUAUGGCUCGUAGUAGUCCGGCUGGUGGGGCUGUGCAGAUCCUAGCCUCGAUGUAUAAGCAGCGAAACCGACUCGGUCUGUCUGCUGAAGAAUUCCACACACCCCUUCUCGCAGAGCGGCUGGACCCCUUGGAGAUGCCUGUGGCGUGGGUUGGAGGGCUUUCAAACAACCGAACAAUGCAUCUACUCUCAUACUCCUUCCUCUUCCCUCCUUCUUCACUUGUCAUCUAUUUCCGUUCCUUGAACUAUUCUGCCAUGGCUAAAAGCUACGAGGCUGCCAUGACCACGACGAGACAUGUCACACAAACUGCCUUUGGAGCUAUCCAGAUUACAGAGGAUCUUGGCCUUCUCACUCGCAUGAAAACAUCCAUGUCAACGUACCUUGUUCUCGUCGUUCGACGAGACAACAUUCUCUCAGAUGCCCUGAGCCAGUUAUGGCGGCGGGAAAAACGAGAAUUGAUGCGACCGCUGAAGGUACAAAUGGGCAUGGACGAAGGAGAAGAAGGCCUUGAUCACGGUGGUGUCCAGCAGGAAUUCUUCCGUGUGCUGAUGGGCGAAGCCCUGGAUCCAUCCUACGGCAUGUUCACAGUUGAUACCCGACACCGCGUGUCUUGGUUCCAGCCUUGCGCGUUGGAACCUUUGUACAAGUUUGAACUCAUCGGUCUGUUGAUGUCUAUUGCCAUUUACAACGGCCUCACCUUGCCUGUCAAUUUCCCACUUGCAUUUUACCGCAAGCUUUUAGGACUCAAGGUGAAGCAUUUGGAACACAUCCGUGAUGGAUGGCCUGAGCUGUCUCAGGGUCUGGAUACCUUGUUGACAUGGAAGGAUGGCGACGUUGGCGACGUUUUUACACGGACAUACGAAUUCAGCUGCGAGGUCUUCGGUCGGAUUGAGACAAUCGACAUGCAAAAUGUUGACCGUGAUGCUUCGUGGCCUAUCUCUAGCAAAAUUGCUGAACGUGGCUCUACUGCUGGAUCUAGCGCUUGGAUGGAUGUCCCGAGUUAUUGUCAGCCUACUCCGGCGAGUCCGCAGUCUUCCAUGGCAGUGGAAACCGACACCACAUCGAGGUAUGGCUCGGAUGGUAUUGCCAAAUCAGUGUCUGAGUCUUCACUGCACUCUAUUCCAGUUGAAGAGGCUGCCCUUGUAACCAACCAAAACCGACACCAGUUUGUCAAGGACUAUAUCUUCUGGCUUACGGAUAAAUCGAUCAGGCCACAGUUUGAAGCGUUCCAAAGAGGUUUCAACACAUGCCUGGACCGGUCGGCCCUGUCAAUCUUCACUCCUGAAGCCCUCAAGACUGUGGUUGAAGGUAUCCAGUCAAUUGACGUGAAGGAACUCGAGAACCACGCUCGUUACGAGGGUGGAUUCGGUCCUGAUCAUCGUGUCAUUCGUGACUUCUGGAGUGUCGUCCAGGAAUACCCCAAUGAGAAAAGAGCUCAGUUGCUCGAAUUUGUCACUGCUAGUGAUCGAGUUCCUGUCAAUGGGAUCUCUAGUAUUAUGUUUGUGAUCCAGAAGAACGGUGUCGGCGAUUUACGUCUUCCUACCAGCUUGACGUGCUUCGGGCGCUUGCUUCUACCCGAAUACUCAUCGAGGAAGGCAUUGGCAGAGAAACUUGACAAGGCACUUGAAAACGCCCAGGGAUUCGGCGUUGCAUAA